UGAAACUCAUUCGACAAGUUAGUUUUAUCGAAAAACAACAGCUAACGUGGCCUUUCUACAGCAUGAAAAUCAGUACAACUUUUUCACCUUUUUGGUCUCAAAAUUGUUAGAAAUUUUCUUUUGAAAAAUUAGACUUAUUAUUAAAACUGGAUUAAAUAUCAAAAUUUUUCACAUAUACCGACUGCAUACGAUAUCCUGUAACACACACUUUUGGCUUUAUAAUACAUAAAAAGAAUAGUCCAGUAGUUUGCUAUCAACAAUUUAAUUAUGUUAUUAAUAAAGACGAGUAGCCCAAAGAUGAUGUCAAACAUUUGUCAGCGAGUCGCAACCAGCCUGUUGACUCCUGUUAAUCGUGCUGCUGUUGUGUUACCUCCCACGCGUCAUAUCGAUUCGAUUCUCUAUCAAUUGGAGACGUGCGAAGAUUGCAUCGAUGGAUAUCCAAUGCCGAAGGUUCGAAAAGAUCUCAAGAGAAUGGAUGUACCGGAUAACACGAAAGUUUUACGAGCCUGCUGGCAUGGCGUUAGACGUACAGAAUUCAAAUGCCGUUCAGAUCCUGAGUUCAGUGUCAAUGCCUUUAUUGCCCAUAACAAGGCUUGCGCCAAAGGCAAGUGUCCGACGGCAAUGCCCCUGGCUGAUCUUACGCAUUACAGGCCAUCGGAUAAACUAAAUCGCAAGUAUCCACGCACUUGGGUAGAGUGUGUGCCAAAGCGUCGCAAAGUCAAGGCCACUUGCGCUUUCAAGCCGAUUCCAACGCAUCGUCGCAAAAGGCAGUCGGCUCAAAAGAAAGUGUCGGCAUGUGACAGAAGUCCUUGUACGUUAGGUGUCGCAUCCAUGGAACUUAGUAAGUGUAUCGUGCCAAAGAACUUGCCUUGUCCCCGCUUCAAAUUGCCCUUCUGCAAAUCUGUGCGCAAUCCACCAAAGUGCAGCAAGGCCGAUAUACCCCGACCAGUUUGCCAACGUCGUCUUACGAAGUAUCCCAGCUUCUCAGAGUGCCUAAUCGAUCCACUUCCUGAUAUUAAGCCCUCGGAGUGUAAUUGUCUGAAAACCCCAUCAAUGUGCAGUGUUUGGGAAUACUAUCGCAACAAGAAGUCUUAAAUUACUAACUCUUCAUGGCAUUCAAGGACUGUAUAAAGAAAUAGGUUAUAGUACAUUCAAAUAAAGCUAAAAAUCAUUUGUGAGAGAUUUAA